AUGCCGGCGGCAGUUUCCGGUGCCACCAUGCUGCACGCGGUGCGUGAAAAGAUGAAGGAGGCUACAGUGGCCGCACUAAUCGUUCCUAACACGGAUGCGCACAAUAGCGAGUACGUGGCAACACAUCUGCAGAGUCGUGCAUACGUCUCUCACUUCCGAGGCAGCGCCGGUACCGCCUUGAUCACAAUGGACAAGGCACUCCUGUGGACCGACGGACGCUACUGGCUAGCUGCGGAGGAGGAGAAGUACCCCGAAUUUGAUCUCAUGAAGCAAGGCAUGCCAGACGUCGAGUCACUUGAGGAAUGGAUCGCUGUUAAUCUCGGCUCCAGGGCAGCUGUCGGUAUGAGCCCGUACGUUGCCACGGUGGCGGAGUGGGAACGGCUAAGCAAGAAGAUCAAUUUGUGCUCCGUCGAGAACAUCGUUCAGGACAUGAUGCCGCCGGAGACAACUGUGCGAAAACUCUACCUGCGUCCCGCUGAGUUUUGCGGCGCCACCUGCCAGGAGCGGCGGGCCGCGAUUCUCGAAGAGGUGGAGAAGCAGCACUGCGACCUGAUUAUUCUCUCCGCGCUGGACGAGAUCGCGUGGCUGACAAACCUGCGCGGUGGUGACGUAGACCACAACCCCGUUUUCUACGCUUAUGCUGUCAUUGACAAACACCGCGCGAAAGUGUGCCUCUACGUGAACCUGGACAAGGUCACCGACGUUGUGCGCCAUGCGUGUGAGGAUCACAUCGAAUUCUGUCCGUACGAACAAUUCGAAGCAGACCUCAAGAAGCUGCCACAGGGCCGCAAGGCGCUCGUCGACGAGCGCCAGACCAGCGAGGCCGUGUUCCGCAUAUUGAAGCAUGUCGGCAUCGAGACGGUCCGCGUCGUUUGCGGCCCGGCGCAGAAGUUGAAAGGGAUCAAGAAUGCGGUCGAGCUUAAGGGCUUCCGCGACUGCCACGUGCGAGACGGUGCCGCCCUGACGCGCUACCUCGCCUGGCUGCACGACCAGGUUGCCAACAAGGGUGUGACAGACCUAAACGAGUACGACGUGGCCACGAAGCUCGAGGAGUUCCGCGCCCAGGAGGAACACUUUGUGCAGCUCAGUUUUGCUUCCAUCUCGUCGAUCGGCCCUAACGGAGCAAUGUGCCACUAUCAUCCUGCCGAGACGGGUUCUGCCAUCCUUCGCAAAGACCAGCUGUACUUGAUCGACAGUGGUGCUCAGUACUGGGACGGCACCACCGAUGUGACGCGCACCGUCUGCUUUACACCGCCGAGUGAUGAGCAGCGGGAGGCCUACACUCUUGUGCUCAAAGGGCACAUUGCGCUUAACAGCAUUGUCUUCCCAAAGGGCACCAGCGGUGUCCGUCUCGACACCCUGGCGCGAAUGGCGCUCUGGAGCGUGGGGCUCGACUACGCCCACGGCACCGGGCACGGCGUGGGCUCUUUUCUCAAUGUGCACGAGGGCCCUCACGGGAUCGGCAUUCAUCCAGUUGCCACCGAAGCGAAGAUUGAGCUGCACUCCAUCGUGUCGAACGAGCCUGGCUACUACAAGGACGGCCACUACGGCAUCCGCAUUGAGAACCUCGAGGAGGUGGUCGAGUGUCGGACCAAGUACAGCCCGACCGGCUUCUACACCAUGUCUCACCUCACGAUGGUGCCUCUGUGCCGGGACCUCAUCGAUACGAGCCUCCUCACAGAGAUGGAGCGCGCCUGGGUAGACCGCUACCACGCCAAGGUAGUGGCGAACAUCAUGCCUCACCUGCAAAAGGCGGGCGACCAGAACGCCAUCGAGUACCUCAAGUACCACGCGCAGCCUCUCUGA